GACCAUUUCUCAGGUCAUUUUGACAAUGAGGUGGGGAGACAGACUCCCUGCUGCUGCUCAGAAGCUGCUGGACCAGAUAAGAAGCCCAUCCAGCCAAUGGAUCCGCUCUGAGCCACUGCUGCUUUGCAUACUCCGUUGGUGUCCAACUGUCAUUACACUUUACUAGACUGGUGAAGGCAACUCCAAUACAGGAUGUCACACAUUACAGAUUACGCCUCAUUUUUAUUUAUUUAUAUCAGCCAGUGACAAGCAUGUCAAACAUGUCAAAGACUUAUAAUAAGGACAGGGCUUGGUUAUCCCUUCUGGCUUCUCCAGCUGAGUGAGGAUGCGUCGGUUUUUCCCUCGCAUGCUGUCCUUCUCUCUGCUGAUGGCGUCCCACCUGGCGAGCGCCACCGUGUCCACUGACUUCAGAGGCUGCAGCCAGUUCUUCUACAAGCAGACGCCGCCUGCCGGGAUCAGAGGGACGAGCCCGAAGCGGAUCUGCCAGAAGUACGCCGACAAACUGCGCUACGCCACGCUGUACGACGGCAGUCGCCGUCUCCCCCUCUACUCUGCCUACGUCUUCAAGAAGUCUGAUGGGAAGAGCAGGAUGGACACGCCCUGGAUGUACGAGCCACAGUUGGUUUCUGAAGACGAGAGCGGUGACAUGAGGCCCCUUCCCCUGAGCGAAGACAGCCCCCCUCUGAUUGAGGACAGCCAGGCCGUGUUGGAGGACUACACGGACGCGGUAAUAUAUAAACGCGGUCCGCUGAAUCCCGACGUGCACCAAGCGGACCCGGACGACAAAUCCUCCACCUACACCCUCACCAACGUAGUUCCCCUUGUCACAGACUUCCUGGACGCCUCCUGGUACCCGUACUUGGACGUCAUUCGCCGACGCCUCAACAACUUCUGUCACGGUAAAUCCUUCAUGGUGGCAGGGGUGACGGUCUCCCGGACCACCAUCCAACGAGAUAACAGGAACCGCCUGACGGUCCCAAAACACUUAUGGCUGGCGUACUGCUGCCCCUGGUUCGACCGCAACUCACCGUACGAGGUGAGGUUCAUGUUCCCUAGCUAUGGGGGCUACGCACUGAAUGAGCAGACUGGCUACAGUGUGGUGGAAGUGCCGCUAAAGAUGCUGGAGACUUUCCUGAAGAGUCAGGCGGACGCAGACGACGGCGUGGCUAUUUUCUACAAAGGCUGCGUGUCAGAAAACCGGUUCAAGAAGAAGAAGAAGAAGAGGUAGCUGACCAGUGUUUCGA